AUGGAUGAAUGUUUCAUUCAUUUUAAUGGUAAGUCAGGCGAAUUGUGUCAAUUAACGGCACAUACAAUCGAUAAAAUAAGUGAAUAUUCUGAAAAGUGGAUUCAUUUGGAUGGGGAACCUAAUAAAAUUGCGUCAAGCGUUUCCAAACGAGUCAAACGUUGGUCGCUCGGUCCAGACAGAGAGACAGUGCGAGAAGAAAUUGCAAAUUGUGAUCGUGGAGGCAAGCGUGUGUUUGCCAAACUUUGGGUACCCGAAGGUUUUUCCACGCGUAACGUACGGCAGCGUUCACAACUUCAUGCUCCGAUCGGAGAGGAUUCGGCCGAUAAGAACUCAAUAAGCAAAACAAGUUCCUCCGAAGAGGUUACUGAAGAUGCUUGCCCUGGGCGAGUUUGUCCGCCAAAGCGCAUGAAGCUUAUUGAUUCUGACGGUCCAUUGAGGAUUGCGAAUCGACCAGAUAAUAGGCAAUGGACGACAUUACACAAGGAGGUUGCAAACGUGAAUAACAGGACGGUUUCGAGUCUUUCCGUGCUUACACCUCCCCAAGAAGGUCAAGAAAGCACAGCAGCGCAGAACUCUAACGUUAAUGCAGUUGGUCCGGGUGGAAUCACCCCCCUGAUGUUGGCUGCAUCACGUGGCAGUUACCUCGAUGAAGUUUAUAAAGAAGAAAAUAGUGAUGAUGACAGUGGAUCACAGGUUGUUGGGGAGCUGAUACAAUACGGCGCUUGCUUGGAAUUGAGAUCAGAUGAAUUUAAGGAAACGGCAUUGCAUCUUGCCGCCAGACACGUACGCGCAGAUGCUGCAAAAAGACUCCUGGAUGCUGGGGCUGAUGCAAAUGCCCGUGAUAGAACGGGUAGAACUCCCCUACAUUUAGCUGUUACUGCAGACUCUCAAGGAGUGUUUCAGCUGCUACUACGACAUCGCACGACAGAGCUCGACGCUCAGUCCGAUGAUGGAACGACUCCUUUGAUCUAUGCCGCUCGGUUUAUGGUUCAUGACAUGGUCGAUGAACUGAUCAAAGCUGGAGCGAAAGUAAAUCUUAGUGAUAAACAAGGCAAGACAGCUUUGCAUUGGGCUGCUUCUGUCGAUGACGAAAAAGCUACGCGGCUUCUUCUAAAAAAUAACGCGAAGAAAGAUGCCCAGGAUUCCAAAGGUCAGACUCCACUUUUUCUUGCUUCCAAAGAAGGAAGCGCUUCAGUUGUGAAAAUACUUCUUUCAUCGUUUGCCAACCGCAAGCUUGCUGAUAACAUGGAUCAAUCUCCAUUGGACAUUGCUAAGCAACGAGAGCACGCUGAUAUCGUGGCACUCCUCUCUGAUUGGUCUAAUGGUUGUAAGUCACCGACUGUCGCUCCCGCGCCUACGUCACCAAAUGAAGACAUGUCGACCCCGGCAUGCAGAACGUUAUCUCCACCCGAUGUCAGGCCUAAGAUAAACGGCAACCCAGGAAUAGUCGGGCGGGCAGGUGCAAGCUCGAAGCCUUGCAAGAAGAGACAACGAAGGUUGAGGAAUAUUGCCGAAAGUCAACCACCAGUUCAGGUUGCCAUGUUAAAUGGUAGUACUGACAAUAGUACAUCAUCACCUCAUGGUUUAUCACCUUUCAGUAAUAACAGUUGCGGAGGCAGUCUUAGUCCACCUAACUCGGACUUUUCACCUCCAUUACGUCAUAUGGACAGCAUGACGUCACCGUUUCGAGAAUCGGAUCCACUUCACGGUGGAAUCCCAGACGCGGAAUUCUACUCUUGCGGAGAAGAUAUACGGAAGCACUCAUUCCGGUGA